AUGGAGGACGAGCAGCCUGACAGCCUGGAGGGUUGGGUGCCGGUCCGCGAGGACCUGUUUGCCGAGCCUGAGCGGCACCAGCUGCGCUUUCUUGUGGCCUGGAACGACGCGGAGGGCAAGUUCGCGGUGACCUGUCACGACCGCACAGCGCAGCGGCAGCGGCGGCGCGAGGGGAACCGGCCGGGGUCUCCGCCCAGCUGGGCCGGCCUGCUCUCGGCCGCCGGGCUGCGCGGUGCGCACCGGCAGUUAGCGGCAUUGUGGCCGCCGCUGGAGCACUGCUUUCCUCCGCUGCCACCGGAGCUGGAGGCGAGUGGCGGCGCCUGGGGCCUGUGGGAACUGGUGUGGCCGGCGCGCGCGGGCCUCAGUGAGGCAGAACUGCAGGAACUGUGCGCGCGGCUGGAGCGCUACCUGGGCCUGGCAGCGGACGGCUGCGGCGGCGCGGCUGUGCGAGAAGCGCUGCUUCCGGCCGACGGCGGCGCGCCCGACUGCGAGAGUCCACGCGCCUUCAGGGAGCGCGCCCUGCGCGCGCGGUUGGCCGCCGCGGACGAGCGCCUGCGCCAGAUUCUUCAGGGGCGGGAAAGAGCCAACACCAUGGUAGCCCUAAUGGAGGUUUACCGAGAAGAAGAUGAGGCGUACCAGGAAUUCGUUAUCUUGGCAACCACGUUCUUCCAGUAUUUACUGAAGCCGUUUAGAGAUAUGCGAGAGUUUGCAACUUCAUGUAAGCUUGAUAUUUUGAAAUCCUUGGAUGAGGACGACCUGGGUCCUAAAAGGAUAGUGGCCCUGCAGAAGGAAGCCCAAGAAUGGACCAGACAGGCAGAAGCAGCUAUAGUCUCUAUUCAAGACAUUACUGUGAAUUAUUUUAAAGAAACAGUAAAAGCAUUGGCAGGGAUGCAGAAGCAAAUGGAACAGGAUGAGAAGAGAUUUGGCCAGGCUGCCUGGGCCGCGGCCGCUCCCAGGCUGGAGAGGCUCAAGCUGAUGUCAGCUCGAGAGACACUGCAGCUCAUGAGGGCCAAAGAGCUGUGCUUAAAUCACAGAAGAGCCGAGAUCCAGGGAAAGAUGGAAGAUCUUCCAGAACAAGAUAAAAAUAUAAAUGUUGUAGAUGAACUAGAAAUACAAUAUUAUGAAGUUCAGUUAGAACUAUACGACGUUAAAUUUGAGAUCUUAAAAUAUGAAGAAAUCCUACUUACCACACAGUUGGACUCUGUUAAAAGACUUAUAAAAGAUAAACAGGAUGAAGUGGUCUAUUACGACCCGUGUGAAAGUCCAGAGGAACUGAAAGUCAUCGAUCAAGUCAUGGGGCAGCAGGACCACAGGAAGGUGGAGACCGGGGAGCUCCGCCGGCGGUGCCAGCAGCUGGAGCGGAAGCGCGGCAGGAUCUGCGCCCGGAGGGCCGACCUCAGGAGGAGGAAGGAUCAAUGCAAAGAAAAUCAUCGGCUCCGAUUACAACAGGCUGAAGAAAGUGUGAGAUAUUUUCAUCAGCACCAUAGUAUUCAGAUGAAAAGAGACAAGUUAAAAGAAGAGGAGCAGAAGAAAAAAGAAUGGAUAAACCACGAACGCCAGAAGACCCUGCAGCGGUUGAGAGCAUUUAAGCAGAAACGUCCAGGUUGGUCCCCUUGCUCAGAACCUGAGGCUGCAAACCUGCCGGGUGACCUUCCCCAGCAGACCUCCUCGCCGCCUUCUCAAACAAAGGCGGUAAUGCCUCCGUCCUUCAAGAAAACCAGAAGUGCUCCCUUAUCCGAAGUCAGGACCACGAAAACCCCCAGGUCUCAAGACUGCCCUGGAAAUGUCCCUGUCCAGAUUUCUGUUCAGGGAGGUGACCAGACACACCGCAAAUCCAGUGAGGAGUUGUCACCCCCACCACCCCCUCCUCCCCCUCCACCACCACCACCGCCACCACCACCACCACCGCUGCCGCCUCCGCCAGCACCUCCACUCUUCCCUGCUGCGCCCUCUUCUCUAUCUGCGAAUCAUCGGAAUCUGAAUGUACACGUCCGGACUUCAGGAAAAGAUGAUCAGCCACGUCCUCUAGUAUGUGAAUCACCUGCUGAAAGGCCGCAGGAUUCCUCAGACGGUUUUAACUGCCCAGGGUCUAUGGAUGAAGUGCUGGCCUCCUUACGGCGGGACAGACCCCCUGUCCAGAAGGCGGAAGCCCCCACCGCGGCCCCUCCUUGCACCUCAGUCAAUGAGCACAUUCUGGCUGCCAUCAGGCAGGGUGUCAAACUGCGGAAGGUUCACCCUGAGGUGAAGGUCGGCCUGAGCCCCAGCAGUGAGCCCACCAGUGACCUGGAGAGGAGCAUCAAGGCUGCGCUCCAGAGAAUCAAGAGAGUGUCUGCUGACUCAGAAGAGGAGGAUGAGGAGGAGGAGGGUGGCCCCAGUGAGUGGGACCACUAAGCUCUACUGCAAGGCCAAGAGCACUGCACUGUGGGCUGGAGAGAAGCCACAGGGGCCCAAGGCCUGUUCUUGGAAAGCAUGUGAACGGGGCGGACUGGCCAUAUGACACCUGAUGGGCGGCAGGGCUGGGUGUGAUGUCGCAGCUGCGAUUUAAUGCUGUGGCCCUUCCCACCCCGGAUGCAGCCCUGGCUGCAGUGGCUCAGUGGACUGAGCGCCGGCCUGUGAGCCAAAAGGUUCGAUUUCCGGUCAGGGCACCUGCCUGGGUUGUGGACCAGGUCCCUAGUGGUGGACAUUUCUCCCCCUCUGUUUCUGCCUCCCUUCUCCUCUCUCUAAAAGUAAAUAAUUUAGAAAGAAAGCCCACAGAAGUGGAGAACUGCACACACCAAACUGCAUCUGUGGGGUCUAAGAACCCACAGUCCGUGUGGCUGGCCCAAGAGAGUGACCUCUCUUCCCCCCGUGGAUGCUCUCGAGUCACUCCCUCGUCCUGAGACACCUCUAGUCGGUGAGUCGCACUGCCAGAGACGGCGUGUCCCGGGUGUGCCGGCGCAGCUUCCUCCCACCGAAGCGCUCGAAUGUGAACGUCGCUUCAGCAAUGAUUGGAAUACAUUGCUUAUAUUCAGGAAUUAUUUUAAAUGAAAUGUAUUUUAUGUAUCAGACACUCUAUAAAUUCCUAAUGAAGAACUA